AUGGACCAAAUGCCAGGGCCUGUUACUCGUGGAAGGGGUGGCAAGUCUCGAGGUUUGCAAAGUACUAACACCUCAGAUCAGCCCAAGUUUCAGAUACAAUGGUUAUCUGCCUCCUUCCAUACCCAGAAGGUCAUCGACUACCUCCACAACCACUCAGCUGAUUGUCAGGUAUUAUUCCCCUCCAAAGUCAAACAAUUGCACCCUGAUGAUGACUGCCCCUCAGCCAAAGACAAGCUCUCAAUCUGUGCUAUUAUUGCCAAGCAUGUCUUUAAAGAUGACGGUGACUAUGCAGACCACUAUCUAAGUGCACUGGUUAAAUUCCGUGACUCUACCAACAAUCACAUCCAGGUGACAAAAACACCGCUCAGAAUUUACGUGUUUCAUCACGCCCAGGAAUGGACCACGCCCACCAAUUUUUUCUCAAUAUCUCAUUCAGCUGGAAGUUCAUACUCUAAUGGCCCGAAUUCUGGAAGCGCUCAGUAUGGCUAUGCCCCUGGCACUCUUCUUCCUUCUGGCGCUUAUCCUCCUGCUGGGGAUUAUUAUCCUCCUUCCAGCGCUCAUUCUCCUUCUGGUGCUCAUCAUCCUCCUGGGGAUUAUUCCCCUUCUGGCACUCACCCUCCUCCCAGGAAUUACUCCCCUUCUGGCACUCAUCCUCCUUCUGGCACUCGUCCUCCUCACUCCAAAGCUCCUCCUUACUUUACUCAAACUGGCAGUCAAUAUGGAUUCGGUCACGUCCCUCAGCCCUAUCAGAUGGGCUACCGUGAGGAGUACAUGCAGCGGCCUCAGUUUCAAUCGCACGGCAUGCCUUCCCCCUCUGACUCUCUUCUCGACAAGGAUGAAGACAUGCCAGAUUACUUUGGCCCCCUCAAUGAUGGCGAGGGGAUGGAUUUCUCAUUCGGUGACCUACCGCCACAUAAUUCCCCGAUGAUGCAUAAUUACCAGCAAGAAACUAAUGUUACCAUCCUGAAUAGUCCACCUAGGCCUACAAGAUUGAAACGGCCACCUCCUCCAUCAUCCCCCUCCCCCCCUAUCACCCCCUUGCCUCAAUCAGAGUUUGUUCUACCGCUGAAAUUACAAACUGCCCUCCAUGAUAGUCGCAGUUCCUUUGUGCUCACUGAUCUGAAGAGACAUCGAAGCACAGGGUCAGCCAAGCCUGUCUCUCACCGCUCUUCAGGGUCAUCAUGGUCUAGGCUGCCGUCGACAUCAUCAGCGCCUGCGUCAACAUCUCCGAUGUCUCAAAUUGCGUCCUCCAUGGGAGGACGCACGCAGACGAAAAAGGUGCGGUCCAAUAUCCAGAGCCAGGUUGAUCUGCUCAAGGACAAGAUCGAGAAUGCGCAGUCGGAUACGACUUAA